GGCCUUGAACGAAGUGUAACAGCGCAGUCGGAUGUUCGUUGGGGGUAUUUAACCGACGGCGGAAGUGAGAGACGGUUGGCUGCUUCGCUCCGCUGUUUCUCACCAAAGUCUGAGCGUGUGGGUUUUUCAGGAGGGAAACUUUGCACCGUUUAACGGGAUUCGAGCUCGAUUAAUUCUUUUUUUUUUAGUAAAUUAACCGCGCCAAUACAACCACACUGAGAGUAGGUGUCCACACAAACCAUGUCAGGCAUUGCAUUGAGCAGGCUCGCUCAGGAGCGUAAAGCAUGGAGGAAAGACCAUCCCUUUGGAUUUGUCGCAGUACCAACAAAAAAUCCAGAUGGAACAAUGAAUCUCAUGAAUUGGGAGUGUGCUAUUCCUGGCAAGAAAGGGACUCCGUGGGAAGGAGGCCUGUUCAAGUUGCGCAUGUUGUUCAAGGACGAUUACCCUUCUUCACCGCCAAAAUGUAAAUUUGAACCCCCACUCUUCCAUCCAAAUGUGUAUCCAUCAGGCACAGUAUGCCUAUCGAUUCUAGAGGAGGACAAAGACUGGAGACCAGCCAUCACAAUAAAGCAGAUCUUAUUAGGUAUCCAGGAACUCCUAAACGAGCCUAAUAUCCAGGAUCCAGCCCAAGCAGAGGCUUACACAAUCUACUGCCAAAAUAGAGUAGAAUAUGAAAAGAGAGUUCGAGCACAAGCCAAGAAAUUCUCUCCCUCAUAAGAGAUGAGGACUCUCCGCUGCAGCAGAAGGAAUGGGUUUAACAAGAAUCACCUCCCCGCUCAGUCUCUCGAUGAAUGUGCUCCUCUCACAUCGAGACUCGCUUAAAGACUUCUAUUUAAACUCCACACAUUCUGUGCCAUCUGUUCUCCUUCCACCUAUCCAUUUUGUUCUUAAUCGCUGGUUGGCACAUAAUGCCAGGAGAGGACGGGUGUCCUCUCCACUCGCGUUAUUUCGUUUUAAACAUUGUCUUAUGUGGUGCAAGGGACACAGCUUUAGUUCAUCAUCUCCAGGAUGGUGGUCAUCAAUGUUCAUGGAUGAAAAGGUUUUUUUGUUUGUUUUUUUCCCACAGCCCCCCUCUAAAAUUUAAUGUAAAAUAGCUUACUUCAUUGUCAGUAUUCCAAUUGCUGUAUAAUGAAUGGCACUUUUAUACUGUUGUAUCACUAGUGUCUCUAGAUGGUUCUGUCUACAUUUUUUCCCCAGGUUUUGUAUUCAUCGAUCUGUAAUAUACGUUAGAAUUUGCUGCCUUGGCUGUCUUUUUGUUAUGCAGAGUGUUUGCUGUGGGAUAAACGGCCACAGUGGCUGAGGCAGGUAGGCUUUCUUCUGUAUCAGACUUUAAGGUUAUAUGGUGCUUUGGUCAUGUAUGUGUUGGCUUAAUAAUAAAACUUUCUACGAAA